AUGAUGAGACCGUUGAUGUUGAAGGGUCACGACCGUGCGUUGACCCAAGUGAAGUUCAACAGAGAGGGCGACUUGCUUUUCUCUGUUUCUAAAGGUAAAGAGGCCUCGAUCUGGUACUCGUCCAACGGAGAACGGCUGGGAACCUUUAUUGGCCACAAUGGUACCAUUUGGUCGAUUGAUAUUGAUCCAGAGACCGUUUUUGCGGUGACGGGAAGCGCUGAUUUCACUGCCAAGCUGUGGAGGGUGGAGACCGGCGAGUGUGUGCACACAUGGACUUUGGAGUCGCCUGUGAAGAGAGUGGAGUUCAGUCCUGACGGGAACCAGGUGUUGAUUAUUACAGACCAGGUGAUGGGCCAGACGGGUAAAAUUAAGAUCUUUGACAUUGACCACACUAAGAACGCACAAUCUAACGCUCCAUGGUUGGAGAUCGUGAACCAGGACGGACCAGCUUCGAGAUAUACCGUUGCUGGCUGGUCCUACGGAGGAUUCUACAUUUUGGCUGCUCAUGCUGACGGAAAAGUGAGCAAGUACGACGCAAAGACCGGCGAGCUGCUUGGAAGCGUGAAGAAACAGGAGCUGCUGCUUACCGACCUACAAUUUUCUCCAGACAGAACGUAUUUUGUUGUUUCUUCGAAGGAUAAGAGUGCCUGUCUCUACGACGUUGACAACUUGGAUCUUUUGAAACGGUACACCGCUGACGUUCCUAUGAACAGCGCUUGUUUGACUCCCGUGAAGGAGUUUGUGAUUCUGGGAGGUGGUCAGGAUGCCAGAGAGGUCACCACCACAUCGCUUUCUGAAGGUAAGUUCGAGGCCAGAUUCUACCACCGUAUAUUUGAAGAAGAGAUUGGCCGUGUCAAGGGACACUUUGGUCCGUUGAACUACGUGGCGGUGCAUCCCAAGGGAACAUGCUACGCUUCUGGAUCCGAAGACGGUUUCGUUCGUUUGCACCACUUCCACAAAUCCUACUUUGACUUCCUCUACGACGUGGAAAAAACUGCCCAGGCCACACAGCAAUUUGAAAUUGAAGCUAAAUAG